ACCGUCCGCAAGAUAUCUGCUCCUGCACUAGAUUCGAGCUCGCGAGUUCCAUCGACGAAUAACGAUUCCGAAACACGUUUGACGACUUGGAAAGACUGCGUAGUGUUCAGAUUCUCAGAGGAUCGACGUUCUUAUACUCUUCUAUUGCUAUGAGACAUGCAUCGCCGUCCUCAUCCCCACAUCGACGUUACACCCAGUGCUGUACCUCCCGUAAAUUCAUCUCCUGACUCCUCCUGGUUGAACUAUCUGUCGUCGACUCCGGGGAACCCUGCCUGGGCCGACAAUAGCCAACGUGGGCACUCUCCGCUGCCUAGAAUUAGCCUUGAUGUUCCCUCACGGCCCACCAGCCGUGCUUCCAGUUCGCCUGGACAGGACGUUCCCAGGCCUCACGUCGAUUCUUCACUCUACCGCUCUACCUCGCAGCGCGGCUCGAGCUCCCUGCGUCCUCUCACUACAACAGCCCAUCGCGCCACCAAGAGCGACCUGAUGGUCCAUUCUGUGCAUCACGAUGGCGAGUCGCGCCCGCUAUCCUUCGUCUCGAUCACGAGCAGCCCUAGCAUUUCCGCGAGCGAACUCUCCGACGAGCUGUCCAGCUACACUCUCGAGUCCGAAGAGGGCCUGCGCCGCUUUCAGGCGAACGACCUCCCCGACGCAGAUCAGGAAUGGCAUCGGCUCGUACCCGCUGCGGCGCGUGAUGUGCUUGACCGGGAUGAGGUCCAGCGACAGUCGAUCCUGUUCGAGAUCAUCAAGAGCGAGCGAGACUAUGUCUCAGAUCUUGUGCUUGUCAAGGAGGUCUUUGUCGAUCCGUUGCGGAACACCGUGCCAAUGCCGCGGAAGCGUUUGCCUGGGUUUAUCCAGGAGGUCUUUUACAACCUCGACGAGGUACGGGACCACCACCAGCGCAUGCUCGGCGCUCUGUUUGCUCGGCAGCGAGAACAGCAUCCGCUGUUGCAGAGCAUAGCGGAUAUUAUCACAGAAUCCGCGUUCCUCUUCAACACCGCGUACGAGAAGUACAUCAAGCACUACCCGAUAGCAGAGAAGCACCACCGAAGCGAAAUGCAGUCCAAUACGAAGUAUCAGUAUUUCAUCCAGCAGUGCACGCUCGAUCCGCGCGUGCGGAAGCGCGACCUCGUCACCUUCCUCUCGCGACCGGUCACACGCCUGCCACGGCUGCGCCUGCUGGUCGAGACAGCACUGUUGCACACGGAGUCGAACCAUCCAGAUGUGCAGGCGCUGGCGAUCAUCAGGGACAUACUUGGACAGGUGAUCUCGAGCACGCAGCCGGGGAUCGACGAUGCAGAGAGGCGAGUGAAGUUCUGGGAGCUGUGUGAAAGCCUGGAGUACCAAAGGGAAGAGAUUCUGGACUUGGAUCUAUAUGAUAAGAUGAGGGCGCUGGUGCAUUCUGGCCCACUCUCGCGCCGGUAUCGAUCGGAGAUGGGUACCAGCUGGGCUGACCUGCACGUUGCACUGCUAGACAAUUAUCUGCUGAUCCUAAUGCCUGAGCAACGACGAUCGGGCGCUGUCGUCAAGCGCCAAAUAGUUUCUCGUCCAAUACCUCUCGAAUACCUCCGUCUGGGCUCUUUCACCGACUCUCCAGAGAUCCGGAAAGAGAAGGCAGAGGAGGGCGGACUGUUUGAGAGUUUUCGCAGGACGCACCGUCCCGUAUACCCGAUGACGAUCUAUCAUGCCGCGGCAAAGUCGCAGAGGCGCUAUACCCUGUAUGCCGAUGACGAGCGAACGCGGAAUAAGUGGCACACCGUGCUGAUGGAGGAGCUUGCGAAGAGGAAGUAUUUUAUGGAUAAUAAUAAGUGGUUCGCACCACAAGUCAUUGAUGAACAUUAUUUCAAGUAUCCACAAGCUAAUGUCUACCCGACGGAAAAUUUUGCGGGGCGGGUCCUCGCUGCGACUCCUUUCUCUAGCCAUGGAAAGAACUUUAUUGCAGUGGGCUGCCCCUCUGGCUUAUACGUAGCGGUACGUGGGCAAGCUCAAUUCCGCAGAGCUCUGAGCACAACUAAUUCAUCGAGCAUGGUUGCAUUGUCAGAUUUCAACAAGUUCCUCGUAUUGUCAGACGACGGACUCUCGGCGUUUUCGCUCGACCUUCUCGGCCGUGUCGGGCAGGGGCUCGCAACGAUUCAUCAUCUAGAGGCGACUAUGGAGCCUAUUGCUCCUCAAGAUGGCGGCAUAAUGUUCUUUCGCGCCGGGCGCAUAGGGGAGCGGACAAUGGUGCUCUAUGUGACGAGACGCCUCCUGCAAGCGCACUUUCAUGCUGUGGAGGUUGUGGGUUCUGGUCUUGGCCGCUGGAACUCGGGGCGCAGCGUGCCGGGAUCAGUUGCCAGCAUCUCUUUUCGUCCGUUUGGCGAGCCGCUGCUCGUCCCCAGAGACGCACAUGGGUUUACGGUGUUGAACAGGAAUACCGGGAUUUGCACCGAUAAGGGUAUCUUGAUAGUCAAUCCUACCAACCCGUCAGUCUUGAGCACAGCUCCUGUUGUAAUCCCAAAGUUUGUUGGAACAGAGAACAACGUGCCUUUGGCAAAUCUCAAGGAGCGUUGUGCGGGAGCCAGGCCUUUAGGACUGGUUCGCUGCCAGCGUGACGAAAUCCUGGUCAUAUAUGAUGUCCUGGGUUGCUACAUCGACAAGCACGGAAAUCCUACCCGCUCUUCUGGCUAUCUGCGAUGGGAGUCCAAGGCAACAGCUUUCCUCCAUCGCGACGAGCACAUUCUGCUGUUCUCGCACGAGUUUGUUGAGAUUCGUACCAUCCAGACGGGAAAGCUGGUGCAGGUGAUAGAAGAGGCAGACAUCCGGCUUGCCUACGAAGGGCUGCUCUCGGGGGAUAAGUCCGUGCUGGUCGCAUGGAAAGGGAGAGAAGAUCGUGGUGUCAUCGUGGACAACGUCGUCGAGCUCGUGGAGACGGCUCCGCUUGUGACCUCCCCUACCGGGCAGGUUGAAGGGGCGUGGGAUGAAUGGUGAGAUAUCUGGCAUAUUGGAGAUGUGGACGUGCUUUGCUGUAUGAUGCUGUCAAGUUGCUUUGCAGAUAUUUUAUGCGUAUAUAAUGCUCGGAUUCGGAGCACAUCGCUGGAAUUAGAAUGUAGUCAUGAAUAUCAGUGUACUCAUCGUGUAAUGAGUAAUGAAACAUGCUGUAACGGAGU